UCGAUAAAUCAGCAUAUGGAACGAAUCGCGUCAAGCAAGCAUGGCGGCACAUCGUUUGAAAAAUGGCCACAGUUUUCAUAUUCGAAUUUAGACAUUUGUAAAAUUGGAUUUCAAGCUUCGCACUUAGCAUCGUUGAAAUACGCACUUGGACGCAUCGUAUUUUACAGUUCAGUCAUUUUAAUGUGCACGCUAACUAUAGCGACCGCACCACCACCCCCCGGCUCAUCAACACCUAUAUCGCGAUCAUCAGCAACGCCGCGCAAAUUCCGUGAUUCGAAAAUCUCACGAAUACAACCAUAUGUACAUAGUGAAACUCUAACGGCACCGGCUGUCGAUACCUAUAACAAUUUCCACAGCGAAAAAGACUCGGCCAUCAAGUAUUAUCAUGCAAAUAAAUUUCUCGAAAAAAAUCAUGGACAUAAAAAGUUUGGAGUCGACAAAAAGAAAGUCUCGUCCAACCACGAACUGUUCAAGUCGUUGGGAUUAGCAAAAAUCAAGACACCGCCAGGUCAUCAUCGUAAACGUCUUGCCGUCGAAUCAUCGCGACACCAUUCAAGACCGGAUGACUCACAUAUGUUUAUCAUAAAAUUGCCGCCGAAUCCAUACUACUACAACCAGAAUACCGCGCAAAGCCAGAAUGGUAUCGAAGACAAAAAUCAAAAGAUCUCUUCGAUGGGCUUCAAAUCAAACGGCAAGCCGGGUCGCAUUUACCAUUGGAAUUUGCCAGUAUUGAAAAAAAUGCUCACCAAAGGCGAAAGUACCGGCCGUAAAUCAUCGAACCUAAGACAUUCGGAUGAUGUGAACGAUUUGAUUGAUAUAAAAAAUAUACCAACAUGGUCGAAUCCAUGGGAUGACAACAAUGAAACACUUGACAAAGCCUUCUCCGGUAAACAACAUCGUGGCGUCAACAAUGCCGACAUCAACGGGUCGAACACGGUGCACAUAAAUGGCAUCGACGAUGACUUGAAUUUGAAGCUGUUGAAGAAAAAAUCACCAACAUACUAUGCACCGUCGAAGCAAAAAAAGAAAGCCACCGUGCACAGUGACAGUGUGGCCGUCGCAAAAUCAUCAUCAUCAGCAGCAUCAUCUGCCAGCAGCAAAUACUUCCCCGGCAACGGAAAACCCAAAAGUUUUUACGUGAUCAAGAAAAACGACCAUAAACCAUACUAUCAGAAAUUAAUCCCAUAAAUUUCGAAUCGAUUUUUCUUUUCUUUUUCAACUCGUUUUCUCACCUUUCUACAAAACGCAAUAAUUAAUAAGACAAAUGUAUGUUCUUUCUUUUCGAUUUUGAAAUUCAACAGCAAGUUCUCGAACAUUGAACCGAAUUUCCCAUUCAAAUCAUAUAGGUUUUAACCAAAUUGUAUACAGAGAAUCCGUCUCAGAAAAAGAAAACAAAAAUAUCUUGAUCAUUCACUUAAUUUAUUGCAUAUCAUUGUCUCAUUGUUUUUACAUGUACUACUCAAUGCUCAUGAUAGAGAUGAAAUACGUAUGGAGUCAAUUAAUGUUUUUUUUUUCGUCUCUCGCUCUUGAAUACUUAUUUUGCUCUAGUGAAGCGAAACUACAUUUAAAACACAAGCAAUUACUGUUAAGUUAAGUUUAUUGUCAACAACAUCAAGAAGAAGAAAAAAAAAACAAAAAUUUUUUGUAUAAGAAAUUUAUUAGAUCAAUUAGGAACUACAAAUUAACAAAAAAAAAACAGUCGGCCUAUUAUCGGUUAAGUGAUGUCAUUAAUUUUAAGAAAUUUUUCGUUUCAAUUCAAAUAAUAACAAUUGUGACAAAUAAUAACAACAACAACAAUUAAUUUAUGCAUACGAUUUUUUUUUAUUGCUAUUGCAUUUCAUUUUCUUUUCCCUCGCUGCGAAACAGACUUUCAGAUACAAGGUUGUUAUAUUUUUUACUAUAUCAUAACGAAAGAUGGUAGCACUGGAGAAAAACGGCGAAUGUGAUGUGAAAAUAAAGGGCAACAAAAUACAACUUAUUUAUCGCAAUCAAAUAUAUUUGAUAUUGAUGCGAGUAAAAAGCAAAUGAACAAUUCAUUGAAAUAAAGCUGUCGAGAAAUCUCUUUUUUUGAUACGAUAUUAAAA